UGGUGUACUUCACUGCCAGCGACCCCUCCUUACCACCGCACACAUAUGUACGUAUAAAAAAUCCCGCUGUUCUUGAGGACAGAUUUCCACUUCCCCUUGCUCGUCGCUCUUCUCUCUGUCAAGUCAACAGCAGGAUGCUCCUCAAAUUUUCAAAGUCGGAUAUCCUGAACUCGGCUCUCGUUUAUCCCGAAACUGGUGCUCUUGGAUAUACCAUCCUUACCAGGUCCUAUUUUAUUCAUGACAAUAAUAAGGAUUUAAACGCAGAGAGCGAAGAUGAGAGUCGCAGGACGACUAUAUAUAAUAAACUUGGGGAGGUCAUCGCUGAGAUCGGAUGGAAGGGCAAGCAGCCAAUAGAGAUUGUCAUCGGCAAGGAAAAAAUCAUCGGAGCGAAAGGGAUGUUUGGGUGCUCGAGUGCCAUACUAUCUCACAAUGUCCUCGGCAUACCUACACGCUUCGACACGGAAUACUUUUGGAUGGCAGCACCAGAUGCACUAACACUUCUUGACUAUGAUUCAAAUCAGACAAAAGGUUCUUUCCACAGCAAUAGUAUGCACGUGGGGGAACGCUUCAUUGCUGCUCCGAUACCCGGCUUGGGACAUGACUAUCUAGAGUUUGAAACGCAUCCCCUCGCAUCAACAGAGGAACUCCUCGUUUCAUUUAUCCUGAUGGAAGUACUCCGCCGAAGUCGCUUCAAUCUCCAUACAGACUCAUCGGAUCGUUCGAAGCUCUGGCGGAGCACACCACUCGCCAAUUGGGGCCGACGAUUACGACGGAAAUCUAUUUGAUUGGUCCGGUUCGAUGAUUCAGAUUUUUCAUCGCUUUUCUGUUGCAUCCUAUGUGCUUUCUUCCCUGCAUCUCUUGCUACCACUGUAUAUUCAUAUUCUGUUUGUCGAUGCUUUCGCUAAUGUCGCUCAUUCCUGUGUAGCUCUAUCAGUCCUAUCGCAUUUCAUUCAAUCUCAUGCAUUAUUACUCUCUGGCGUUUAAUCGCCCUUUCAAUGUAAUACGGUA